UGUGCCCUCGGACGUUCAGCGCGCGCCAUGGCGAGCUCAAUCCCAGGCCCACCACGGCUGCUUAUGCCAAUGGUGCGCUCCCCCGAACCUCCGCGCCUACCACGAUCUCCCCCAAGCUCACCAACGCGAAGGCAAGCGUCCUCAAAGUUAAUGCGUUCGCGCUCCGGCUCGGCAACUGCCAUCAUGACAAGCGCGGCAUUCAAUGCAGGGACCGGGUUGGGCGAGGAUUACGUCGGGGAGCGCUGGAUCGGGAGAAAGUAUCGUCUUGAAAUUGCUGAGAAUCGCGUCGAGCUCCAGGGGUACCAGAUGUAUGCGGUUGAGAAGUGGAUAGUCGAGCGCGUGCGCCCUGUUAUGGUGCUCAUUGUUUAUACAGGAGACCUAGCCCAUAAGAUUACCGUCACUGCGCUUAAGCCUGUUGGCCAUUUGACACCACAGGAGGGAGAGGCGGAACUCAAGCUAUCUGUACAACACCUUCGUAAAGAUGGGGCCCGACCAAAACAGACACCUCUAGGCAUACUGAUGGUUACCUCGUUGGCGAACUUUCGGUCUGAUUACACAAUUGUGCAGAUUCCCGAUGGCGACUUUCUAGCAGCGCAGGAGCGUUUGUACUGCAAUAUCAAUCUCCUACGAAUGGGAUGCAGUGGCCGAAGCGCUGUUACGCUCGAAGAACCCAGCGAGACAACCAAGGACCGUUUCAAAUCAUUGUACUUCAUUCCUGACACGCCGUCCACGAGUCAUCCAUUUCGCUCUAAAUCUCCUCCGCCCUCGCGCGCCCAGACUCGCACUUUCUUGCAUUCUCCAAAUCCCCUUAUCAUUCCUGACGCAUUGAAUAGCUCUUCUUCGCAUGUCUAUUCUUUGUGCUCCGGUACCUCCCCGCAACACAGCACGUCGAACAUUAAUGCACAGCAGUCGCAGCGCCAUCCACACUUUGCAGCUGCUGUUCUGGAGCUUGUGAAGCUGAUACAAGCUGGCUUGUUCGUGUGUGGAAUGUUCUCGUCGACUUCCCUACCUAUGUUUGAUGGCCUACUAUGUGAUAUCACCAUAGAUGGGUUGCAAAAGUGGAUGGUGGAGGUAGGGGAGAGCUUUCCAGGUGUUGAGGCAACCGAACGUAUUGCAGACCCGACUGCAGUUGCCGCACUGCUUUCGUUCGUGCUCUCGGCGCGAAAUAAACUUGCAUCCCUUGCACAAGCAGUGCCGAAGGAUCCAUUCCUACAUCCACACGCCUUAAUUGCUUGCAUUAGUGCAUGUUCGCAGGCUCAACUUCUGGGCGCCGGCUCGCAUCACAACAAUGGCACACAUUCAUUACCAACGCUCUCGCACACGGCGACGCCUCUGCUGGUCACAGUAUCAGGCACCUCCUCACCUGGACUGACAAUAUCGCCGACAGUCUCCAUGUACUCGCCAUCGCCUUCUAUUGGUGCAGGUGGCUCAGUCCCUCACCCAGUGCCCCUAAAUUACUUGAAUCUUCCCACAUACACCGCGCUCACGUCCACUCAUGAGACGAGGCUUAAACAUUCCGACUCACGACGUGUGCAACGUAUCAUCUUAUCAACUCUUGACCCUGCUUCUGAGACGGACUCUUCCGACGACGAACGGCGUGGUUUGAGUGGACGUGUCAGGGGCUUUGUGGGGCGCGGUGGCGUGGCUGGUGCAGAGGGUAUAUUGACACCCGUGGCAGACCUGGGCACAUUCGUCAGAGCCGUCGUUGGCCGUGAUAAAGUGCAUGAGAAAGUUAGGUCCAGGGCCGAGAAAAAUAAGUCUGAAAGAGAGCGUGUAAGGAAGGACGAGAAACCGGACGAAGUGGAUGAGAAGGAACGGGUGGCCGGCAGUCUACGUGCGCUUUGGACCGGCAGAGUGGAAGUCGCACUUCGUUUACGGGCGCGUGCGGUGGGGCCCACGCAGACAGCUCAUAGAACCCAGCAGAAGGUACGAGAAAAAGAUAAGGACAAGGAACGACUUACGUCAAGUGAUGUGGACGAUUCGGGCAUGGUGAAGAGCGCGGGUGAAGAUGAUAUCGAUCUUACCUUUGGAGGUGCUUGGUCUGGAAAGGUGCAAAAGAAACUGGAGUUCUGGGCUGGCAUCAAUCGGUCGAAGAGAUCGAUAGAUCUACCACCUCAACUGAGAUCUACAGGGCGUUCAUCGUUGCUAGCAGUGCCGUUGUCUGCACAAUCGUCUUUAUCAGGCCACGUGUAUGCCGAUGCAAGGGUUGGGUUGGCAGUACCAUCCGUAGUAUUAUCCCCGAAUAGCGGAGAUGAGGAGGACCUCCUGAGCAGUGGCCAGGCAUCACCCAUCUCGAUAUCAAAGACCCACAAUCCGUUCAUACUUAACCCUUCUGAUGCAUCCCUCACCGCGCAAGGAUCUACAUACAACCUUAACAAGGAUGAUCCAGAGUACGACCGCCGUGUGAAGUCCUUCCUUGCUCGACAACCCAGACGAUACAGAGACGAGAGUCGUGUGUCGAGCUGGUCGGGUGUAGGAAGUGCAGAGGAAAAUAAAAAGUCUGCCGAUAAUUCUACUGAAGGGGAGCGUGAGGCGGAGAGUAAAAGGAGAAUGUUGAGGCACGAUAUGCAGAGACGACAUAGUUUUCAUGACCUGGAUUCUUUCAGACACAUUCGUAUCCUUCGUUUGGAAUGGAUGCGAAUUGAUGUGGAUCUUUGUGGCAAUCUGUUAAUCAUGCGCCGGCGAGAAGAACAUCUAAAAGGCAUGCUUAGUUGUCUCGAACAUAUAUCUUCAAACUUGGCAGCGACCAACGCAGCUCUCCAAAAGGAUGAUAAAGAUCAUCAUGAAUUUCUAUCCAAUCUGUCUACCCAACUCGAAGCCUUGCAACGCGUGGAAGAUGCAAAGGUCGCGGCACAUGCUAGUCGUCAACAAGUCGCAGCUCUCGACUACGAGGCAGGGCAGUUCAGACGGCAAGACCUCUGGGAAGCAGCCAUUGCGCCUCGAGCAAAGGUGCUGGAACUUAGGGGUAAAGUUUUUGGAUCGGACACCAUUGGCUCAAGAAAGCGACAGCGGAUGCAGUGGACGCUUGAUGGCCAGGAGCGGGAGGUGGAUGCGUGGGGGCGGACAGAGAGUGAGGCGGAGGAGGAACGUCGUGCAGGUGCUGGAUUGGGAGAUUUACGGGUGCUUGGUGAUGAGACAGAUGAUGAGAUGAGCGAGGCGGAAGGGGAGGACGAACACAAUGACGUUUUGAUGCAGCCAAUGUGGCUGCUUAAGUUCCUUACCAGGUGGACUGCAAGGUUGGGGUUCUUGGCGGGUCAAGGUGGUGCGCAGGCGCAACCAUCUCAGUCUCACGUACAAUCCCGCGAGAGCAGCGUCCCUGCUACAGACUCUCUGGGUAUCAACGGUGCUUCUACUUCACCAUCAUUACCUUCAUAGUAUUUUACUUCUGACGUCAUUCGCUACAUGGACUACUGCAGGGUCAAGGAUAUAU